AUGUCCGCCCUCAGAGACCUCCUCGACGCUUGGAUCUCAUUACUCCAGCACGCUAUCAUGCCCAACCGUGCCCCAUUGUAUCAGAGACUAUGCGAUCUAGUCACACGCAGCGAGCAAUUCCGCAGGGCCCAAUGCUGUGGGAACUUCGAGGAGAUACAAGCAGCGCUGGCGUCGGAGUGGAAGUUCGUCGGCAGGGUCUCGCCGAUACUGGCCAUAGCCGCUGCACUAGUAGUAACGCGACUGCCCGGCCGGGGCACCGCAACAGACGACGCUGCCGAAUUGACGUCGGCAUGCUUAAUGCUGUCCUCUGACGCGUCCCUGCUGAGCUUCGGAACGGCCAUAUUCUUCACGAUCUUCUAUAUGCCAGAGGGCAGUACGAGCCCGUCUGAGUUCGCGGAAGGCCUACACUGA